AUGGCUGCCACCGUGUUGGGAAAGCGCACUCGUAGUGCCAUCGAGUCAGAAGCAUUGCCGGUGCGGACAGCCAGCAAGCGCCGCACCCUCACACCCCGAGUUCACCGUGAAGACAAAGCCCCCCAGCCUCCCCGCCGACUGCGCUCAAAUGCAAAAGUUGCGGAUCAACCGCCUGAUCAAGAGAAUGGCGUUGACAAGACUUUGGUGGACAAGGCGCCUUCCAAGCACACACUUCGUGAUAACCAGGGUGGGUCUCCCACCAAUAUCAACUCUCAUUUCCGCUCCUCGAAGCCAGUAGCGGAGGAGAGCGCCAAACCAGUCGAAUUCAAAACGCCCCAGAAAUCACGAUAUCGAGAUGCAUUGCAGCCUUCACCAGUUACCCCUCGGCAUCGAGUGCAAGUUGGGGCCAAGUCGGCGACUCCACGAACCCCUCGUCACAGUGACCUCCCACCCACUCCUCGCCAGAGUGCUACCCCAACGGCUGCACCCUCUGUGUACUCGCAAGCCAGGCAGCUAUUUGCUCGUGGGGCCAAUUCAGGCCGGCUAGUCGGUCGAGACACUGAGCGACAGAAGCUGACCACUUUCAUUGGGGACUGCCUCGAAUCCCGGAAGGGCGGCUGCCUCUACAUCAGCGGACCUCCAGGGACAGGCAAGAGUGCUAUGGUGGAUGAAGUGUGUCGCGACCUCGACCUGUCGGAGGUAAAAGUGUCGCAUGUAAACUGCGUGAGCAUGCGGAAUGCCCGCGAUGUCUACAGCAAACUCGUUCAGGACUUCGAUGAGGAUUCUGAGGUCUUCAAGAAGAGCGAGUCGGAUCGAUUGAAGGCCAUGUUCCUGCCAUCCAAGAAAACAAAAAAUUUGUUUCUGGUCACUUUGGAUGAAAUUGACCACCUGCUCAUGGGGGACUCCGGCGUACUGCAAUCGCUUUUUGAGUGGUCAUUGCAUAGCAAAUCCACCCUCAUGCUCAUUGGCAUCGCAAACGCGCUGGAUUUGACCGACCGGUCCCUCCCGCAGCUGAAGGCCAAAAAUCUCAAGCCUACCCUCCUCCCAUUUCUGCCGUACAAUGCUGCAUCCAUCGCUAACGUCAUUACCAACCGUCUGCGGUCACUGCUCCCGGCUGGGCCUGAUGCCGAUCCAAAAUUUGUCCCCUUUCUCCAACCGGUUGCCAUCCAACUUUGCUCGAAAAAGGUGGCCUCGCAAACCGGAGAUCUUCGGAAGGCUUUUGAGCUGAUCAAACGUACCAUUGAUGCCAUUGAGCAAGAAACCCAACAGAAGCUCGAGAAGCAAUUGGCCGAUGGUGACAAGUCCUCGAUCCUGGCAGAGAACAAAAACUUGUCAUCGUCGUCUGCGAAAGGCGGCACUGGCGCUCCUCCGACCUCGAUGUCGGCAUACACUGUCAUCACAGCUCCACGGGCCAGCAUCGCACAUGUAGCAAGAAUCACCUCGUCGGCCUUUGGACAGGGCACCGUUCAAAGACUCCAGGGGUUGAAUCUUCAACAGAAAGCCGCCAUCUGCUCUCUGAUUGCUCUCGAACGAAAACGCCGAGAAUUCGAGAUCCCCAGCACGCCGUCCAAGUCCCGAGCGUCAGCACCCACUGUGAAGCAAGCCUUUGACACGUACUGUGCAUUGUGCCGAAACGACAACAUCCUGCACCCCUUGACUGCUACCGAGUUCAAGGAUGUCCUGAGUAACUUGGAAACAAUGGGCCUGGUCGGCGAGUAUCAAGGUCGUGGGCGAGGCGGGACUUUGGGAGGGGGCUCUGACAUACGACGCACGCCGUCGAAAUCUGGCAACGCGCCUUCGACACCCCACAAAGCGCUGGAUGAACAGGGACUCGUGUGCUUUGUUUCUCAACAGGAAAUCGAUAGUCAGAUUGCCGGUCCCGGUGAAGGCAUUCUGCGACGGCUCCUUCGUGGAGAGGGACUCUAA